AUGAAGACCUGCAAAGUUGCAAGGCAUGUAUGUUUUGUCAACGGGAUCGAGGCGAACACGUAUCUUAGCGACGCGUACUUGGAGACGACCUUCGAAAUUCUUUGGCGGCUUUGGAAAGCGGCAGGAGGGCCCAUUGUGAAGGGUAAGAGCAAAGCUGUGCCACCGUCAGAUGCUCACACCAUGUCCACCACCGGUAUUCCCGAGUCCUCCGCCGCCACUCAGACUUCUGGUGUCUCCGCUUCGGCUGAUAACGCUCAAUCCUCUCCUCGCACCAGUUCCCCUGUGAACGAUUCAGUCCCCUCCAACUUGUCUGGCACUGGCAAACCGGAGACCGACACGAGAGACUCUGACCCGAGUACAUAUCUCAACCUACUCAACAGAGAUGAGUUGUUCGAAUGGAUGAUUGAUCGGAAGUUGGCGGGCAACGUGAAGCUUGGCAAGAAGAGUUCCUCUAUGAAGAAAGACAAGCUGGUAUCAAUCAUUCUCUCUGCCGAAGCAACGGGCCAGCCAUCGAAGGCAGAAGUUGAGACGAUCGUGCAGCAGCAUAAGGUCAAGAAGAUGGCCGCUUCGAAGGGUUGA